UUUACUCGCCACAGGUCUUUACAUGCGAAUUUUUAUUACUAAUUUAAUUUUUUUUUUGGCGCAUUACAGAAUUUAAUAAGGAUAAAAGCAUAAUGAGUGUACUCCUUGAUUAUGUAAUACAUAUAUAUUGAAAAUGACAGAUCAUAUAAAAAUAAUAUAAAUAAUAAAUAAUUAUUAAUUAAUAUUAAUAAUUAAUAAUAAUUAAAGAUAAUAUAUUAUUAUUGCAAUCUUUCUGAAUGUUCAACUUGCGAAAAUCGCUAGUUGAAAGAUCGUAACACAAUGCCUGUCAAACGUCGCAUCAAACUUCUUGGGACGCUCUGACGCAUACGAUGUAUGCGUCACAUGCAUACAUUCGAUAGUGGAUAGUGGCGGCGAUCGGCGAUAAGGCGAUAAGGGCGGCCCGAUAACGGCCGAUACAAGCGGUUAUUAAAUCGCAUGUUUUGUGUGAGAUGUUCGCGAACUUUUCUUCUGGCGCGGCGAAGAAACGUUCACGAGCAUGUCGAAAUUGGGCACGUACGAGCUCACGCAUCCGGAGUCGUUAUCAGAGCGUCAACUCCGCGAGAUUUUAAAGAAUAGUUGCAUUGAGAUUCUUAAUUUUGAGAAACUAUGUAAAAGCGAAUUGUUAGAGAUGUAUAAACGAGUUGCCAUGCCUUUACCACAACGACAAUGUGGAAGGGCUAAGAAUUUGGAUACAGAGAUAAAUGUGGUACCAGACAAAUCUGUUAUAGCUAUAAGUAGUAACGAUAUGCAUAGCUUAACUGCAGACUUAAACAAAGGAAAUAAAAGGACAUACCAAUUGUCUCAGAUGGACAGAUUAAAGUUUCCUAUUAAUGAUCCAAAAUCAGUGCAUAAGAAAAUCCGAGUAUGUUCUACACCAAAAAUAGAAACUACCUGCAAUGGAAUUAGCAAACGUAGAUGCGACGAGCAAAACGAGUCAGUAAUCGUCCUAAGUGCAGCGAUGCUAGCGGUAUGCAGAAGCGCAGCUGUCCCAUCACCAGCUCUGUCAGCCGUUCCAGCUGUCCCAGCUGCAGCUCUUCCAAUCGCCAAGCUUAAGAUCGACAACGCAAGUUUCGAUCCUUAUCCUCAGUACUCUUAUGCCUAUGACGUCCAAGAUACGCUGACUGGUGACGCAAAGAGCCAGUAUGAAAGCAGGAACGGUGACAUUGUCAGCGGCAGCUACUCCCUCGUAGAAGCUGAUGGUACAAGACGGAUCGUCGAGUAUACCGCCGACCCGGUGAACGGAUUCAACGCCGUGGUUCGUCGAGAACCUCUAGCGGUGGGGAAACCAGUCGUCAAUGUUCCAGCGCAGCCAUUCGUUUAUCACCCUUGAUGUGGAUACCUCUAUAAUAUUAUAAUAUCGAACGAACACUAGUCAUAUUACGUAUCGCUAAAAAUUGUUAGCUGUUUUAUAAUAAAAAUAUUUUACAAACUGUAUGCGAGUGCGAAUUAGCUUUGUUCUCUGAAUAACUGCGUGCUCCAUCUUACAUGUUUAUUUUCUCACACUAUUUGCACAUAAAGACUAUUUUUGUUUUUUAUAAUAGACUUCUUUUCGUUUAGCGUGUGAAUCUGUCAUGAAUUCAUAAAUUAUUACUCGAAUU